AUGCUGGAUGGCCAGCUAUUCUCCGAGGGGCCCGACAGCCCCCGGGAGCCCCAGGAUGAGGAGUCUGGCAGCUGCCUCUGGGUGCAGAAAUCCAAGCUGCUGGUGAUCGAAGUGAAGACAAUUUCCUGUCAUUAUAGUCGCCGCGCCCCUCCUCGACAGCCCAUGGACUUCCAAGCCAGCCACUGGGCCCGUGGGCCCCAAAGCCGCACGUGUGGGCCGCGCUCGGGAUCCCCUGAACCGCCGCCCCGCCGUCCCUGGGCCUCCAGGGUGCUGCAGGAGGCGACCAACUGGCGGGCGGGGCCCCCGGCCGAGGCCCGAGCCCGGGAGCAAGAGAAAAGGAAAGCGGCAUCGCAGGAGCGGGAGGCCAAGGAGACCGAGCGAAAAAGGCGCAAGGCUGGUGGGGCCCGAAGGAGCCCCCCCGGUCGGCCCCGCCCGGAACCUCGGAACGCCCCUCGGGUGGCCCAGCCUGUAGGGCCCUCAGCUCCUUCAAGACCCGAGCGCCUGGGGCCGGCGGGGCGACCGCCCCGUCCAUCCGCGCAGCCUCAGAGCGACCCAGGGGCGGCGUGGGCGGGGCCCUGGGGCGGUAGGCGGUCAGGGCCCCCCAGCUACGAGGCUCACCUGCUGCUAAGGGGUGCAGCGGGGACGGCCCUGCGACGACGCUGGGACCGCCCGCCACCCUACGUGGCUCCACCUUCUUACGAAGGCCCCCACAGGACCUUGGGGGCUAAGCGGAGCCCUGAGCCCUCCCAGGCGCCCGCCUCAGCAGCUCGUGCCCCGACUUCGGCCAGGACAGAGGGAGGGUUCACAAAGAAGAGGCUGGAUCCUCGGAUCUACCGGGACGUCCUCGGGGCUUGGGGUCUCCGACAGGGACGGGGCCUCUUGGGGGGAUCCCCGGGCUGUGGAACAGCCAGGCCGAGGCUGGAGUCCGGCAAGGGGGCCGCGGAGAAAAGCCUGGGGCUGGCUCGUGCCGGCCGAAACAGUGGUAGCGACAGCCAUCCCCAGGCCAAAGCCGCGGGGAGCCCAGGCUCGGAGACGGCUCCUGCGGGGCUGGUCGCGGCGACUCCCCGCGCACCUCGUCCCGCUCCCAGGUCCAGGCCCCAUCUCAAGGGCUCGGGGGAAGGGAAAGAGAAUAGGGAGCAGAGCUGGCUCCCGAAAUGCUGGGUUCCCUCCCUUAAAAGGCAGCCGCCGCGACAUAGCCAGACCCUCCCCAGACCCUGGGCUCCGGGAGGCACGGGAUGGAGAGGGUCCCUGGGUCAUAGAGAGGGGGCAGGACCUGAGACCUGGGAGGGCUGGAAGGGGGCCCGCCGCGCCCACACCCUGCCCCGCAGCUCCCGCGGCCCAGCUCGGGGAGAAGGCGUCUUUGUGAUUGACGCCACGUGCGUGGUGAUACGGUCCCAGUAUGUCCCAACCCCUCGAACCCAGCAUGUACAGCUUCUGCCCGCUGGGGUGCCGCGCGUCGGGGGGGAUGCCCCUAACCAACCGAAGCCCAACAAGGAAGAGGGCGAGGGAAUCGCGGCCUUUCCCUCCCCUUGCCAGAAACUGCUGUUGAGCAGCCGUCUUUCACACCAGCUCGGUGGGGGGCGAGGGUUAGAAGCCGAGGGCGGGAAGCCGCCGGACUCCUCCUUGGAGGAGCGCGCCUCCCGCAUCUUGGGGCUCCCGGUUGGCGAGGUAAACCUGCAGGAGGCCCCCACGCAGCCAGGUAGCCUAGAGCUCUCAGCCUUAGGCCCACCGGCUUCGGGAGGCGCGGGCAGCGCCGAGGGCUCGGAGGAAGUGGCUGCCCCGCGGCGCGCGGGCCGGGGCUGGGCGCGGACCCCAGGGCCCUACGCCGGGGCCCUGCGGGAAGCCGUGUCCCGCAUUCGCCGUCACACCGCCCCGGACUCAGACUCGGACGAAGCAGCGGAGCUCAGCGUCCAUAGCGGCUCUUCUGAUGGAAGCGACACCGAAGCCUCGGGAGCCUCCUGGCGAAAUGAACGGCCCCGGCCCGGGGAAGGCGGGAAGACGGCAGAGCUGAGCGACAGUAUCCGAGAGAUUCUAGACGUCAUCAACCGAACCGAGGAGGCCUUCUUCGGAGAAAGGGACACUAAGGGGAUCCCACAGGGAAAUAGGGAGCAGCAGUGAGAGGCCCUUUCUUGUAUUUGUAUUCCCCAACCUUUCCAUCCUUGGGCCCACUGGUCCUCUUUCUUCCUCACAGACUUUCUUGUACCCCUUACCCACAGUCGUUCCCAUACUUGAAACAGAAGCCGCCCAAAUGAAAGGAAAGGGAGCAUAUGGCAAUUCAUUAUUUCUUGCCUUUUUUCUUUUUCCUUCGCUUCCCUUCCCUUCCCUUCCCUUCC